AUGGAUGCGAUGGUGAACAUCAAUCGUAACAAUAGAAACGGAUGGGUAGAUGGGAAUAAUGAUGAACGGUUAUCCAGAUUAGAAAAAAAUGUGGGUGAGAGGGGUGAAGAGAUUAACAGACUACUAAAGGUUGCAGAACAACAUGAUGAACAACUACGUCAAUUGCAGCAUGUAAUCCAGCAUCAAGAAACCCGGCUAGAACAAUAUGCUCAAAAUGUAACGCUACUUAACGUGGAUAUUAAAUUUCAUAACGAAUUUUUAGGUCAGUUUAUUACCCCAGUCGGCCAAGCGGUGCUAGAAAUUAUUCCAGCAUUAGUCAAUAAACAAACGCUGAAUACAGACACGACAGCAGGGGUGCAGAAUCUUCCAAAAAACCAAAAAUUUCCUCCCCCGAGGAAUUUUUUUCCAAAAAAUUCCCCAAGCUGUUUUUGCUUCGCCCCUUACAGACCCACUUUAUUUGACACAAAACAGAAGUAGAAAAACAUGGCAACAUUUUGUUCUGUUUGUACAACAUAGGAAUUCUUUCUACUUGUUCUUUUCUCAAGCGGUUCAGAACAACCGAACAGGUGAAACUAAUUUGAAUAGACGAUACUGUUCUGUUUUUUUGAAGAAAAUCCAGUGUUUGUCUUUCAAUUGACAGAAGUAGUUGUUGAGAGAGGACUUGAUGAAUGGAUCUGCUAGAUGAAGCGGUGGUGCAUUCGAAUGUAACAUCACCUCUUGGCGAGAUUAAGGGUGGGGGGGGGGGGGGGGGGGGGGGGGGGGGGGGGGGGGGGGGGGGGGGGGGGGGGGGGGGGGGGGGGGGGGGGGGGGGGGGGGGGGGGGGGGGGGGGGGGGGGGGGGGGGGGGGGGGGGGGGGG